GGCCCCCCAGCUGCCCCCGCCCCUGGACCCUUUCCUCUGCGCGGCCCUGGCCAGCGAGAGGGGCCCCCUGUGGGGGCCCCCUGGGGGCCCCCCCCUGUGGGGGGCCCCCACGGGGGGGCCCCUGUGGGGCCCCCAGGGGGGCCCCCAGGGGGGCCCCCAGGGGCCCCUGCGCUCGCUUGACCUUCCCGAGGCACUGCAGCACCGCAGGCUGCAGCAACCCAUGGACUGGGGGCCCCACUCUAGUCGAUUUGUUACUUCUUUAGUUUCUACAGUAUAUGUUGCUGCAACAGACCCCACAUGUGCCCCUAUAGGGGAGCCCACGGCCCUGUGGCCGGCCUCUCCGGUGCAGCAGCAGCAGCAGCAGCAGCUGCAACAGGAGCCGCAGCAGCAGCAGCAGCUGCUGCAGCAGCAGCUCAUGCAGCAGCAGCUGCUGCUCGGAGCAGCAGCAGCAGCAGCAGCAGCAGCUGUGGGCCCCCCCGAGGCAGGAGGCCUCUGCUCGCCUUUAGCUGCUAGCCGCUGCGUUGCUGCUGCUGCUGCUCACUCGCCCGGGGCAGCUCCCAGCGGCACGGAGCAGCGCAGCGCGCUUCUCGAGGCCCUCGCCGCCUUCCAGCAGCAGCCGCAGCAGCAGCAGCAGCAGCAGCACUGCAGCAACUGGGAGGGCCUCAAAGGCUUCCCCGAAGUGUCUGCCCUCAGCUGGCACCCCAAAGAGCUGCUGCUGGCAGCAGCGCAUGCAGAUGGCCGCGUGGAGUUGUGGGAAGUGCAGGUGCAGCGUAGCUGGGCGUCCCCACCCCACCCAGCAGCAGCAGCAGCAGCAGCAGCAGCUGGAGAGGCCCGAGUGACCCUGCAGCACCUGCACUCCUUCCUCUUCGCCUGCCCGCUCUUGGGGCCCUCUCUGCUGGUCCAAAGCGCCCUGGGGCCCCUCCCAGGGGGGCCCCCCGAGGCAGCAGCAAGGGGGCCCCCCGAGGCAGCAGCAAGGGGGCCCCCCGAGGCAGCAGCAAGGGGGCCCCCGGGGGCCUCCCACGCUGUGCUGCACUCCCCCUGCUGCUUAGUGUGGGGCCCCGAGGGCGACAGCUUGGCCGUUGGCAGCAGAGAGGGGGCCCUUCUCUUGUGGUCUUUGGGGGCCCUCAGGCAGUACUACAGGGCUGCUGCAGCUGCCCACAGCAGCAGGGGCCCCCUAGGGGGCCCCCCGGGGGCCCCCCACCCGCAGGACCCUCUUCUGGGGCCCUUCAGUGGGCCCGUCUCCCACCUGCAGCAGCUGCAGAGCGACAAGGGGGAAGUGGGGGCCCGCAGGUUUCGGGGGGCCCCCCAGGCCCUGGGGGCCCCGGAGGCCCCCGAGGCCCCGGAGGCCCCAGAGGCCCUAGGAGAAAUGGGGGCCCCCGGGGGACCCCUGCAGGGCCCCAAGGGGCACCGGAUGAGAGAUGGGUCUUCUCUGAAGACCCUUAGCACUGCCUCUACGCAGCCCUCGAGCAAUUCGCCCCCGGACACCCCGCUGGGCAGAGACGCGCAGCAGCAGCAGCAGCAGCAGCAGAUUGAGGGCAGCACAGGCUGCUCCGAAGGUAGCGCGGACGAGGGGGGGCCUCCAAGGUCUCCCAGCGCCUUCAAGGGGGCCCCCCCUGACCUGGGGGGCCCCGCUGCAGCUGCAGCAGACCCGCUGGGUCUGCUGCAGAGCUUUUUGCCCCUCUUUGGGGGCCCCAAGCUGCUCCUCUAUGAGCCUGAGGGGGCCCCUGGCAGCUUCCCGCGGGGCUGCAGCGAAGCCUGGGGGGCCCCGGGGGCCCCUAGGGCCCCCGGCGCCCCCGGGGGCCCUGGCCCCGGGGCCCCGGGGGCCCCCGGGGCCGCAGGGGCCCCCGGGUCCCCCAAGGCCCUUGUUUGUGGGUCUUGGCAGCUGGGAGUUUCUUCUUUUGUUUUGGGGGCCCACGGGGGUCGAGUUCGUUGUUUGUCUUUUUGCAUGCAUGACCCCCGGGUGCUGCUGUCUUCUGGGGACACGGCAGCAGCAGCACGAAGCUCCGGAGCAGCAGCAAGCUGCAGCAGCAGCAGCAGCAGCAGCAGCUGCGGCAGCAGCAGGCUCAAGGCCUGGAUCAGGAACGCCAGCGCUAUCCACCCGACUCCGCUUCUGGAUAUUUACAUGGAAGGAAUUAGUGGGGCCCUAGGGGCCCCCCGGGCUGCAGGCUGGGGUCCCCUGGGGGCCCCUUUUGGAGACCACUUCUAUGCUCUGGAGCAAAUUUACUGGAGACCUGCUGCUUUCCCACAGCUGGCGGAGGCCCUGCGGGGGCCCCGAGGGGGCCCCCCUGGGGGCCCCCCAGGGGGGGCCCCAGGGGGGCCCCCAGGUGCCCCCACGGGGGGGCAGGUCUUUGGGGCAUAA